AUGGUUAAAGCCGUCGUUGUUGUUGCUGGUGAUGCCAAAGGCAAUAUUUUUUUCGAACAACAAUCGGAAAAUGGGCCUGUAACUGUGACUGGUGAAAUAACCGGCUUGGCACCGGGACAACAUGGUUUCCAUGUACAUGAAUUUGGUGACAAUACAAAUGGUUGUACAUCAGCCGGACCACAUUUCAAUCCAUACAAAAAGGAUCACGGUGCACCAAAUGCCGAAGUUCGACAUGUCGGUGAUUUGGGAAAUAUUACAGCUGAUGCAAGUGGUUCGGCCAAAGUUAAUUUGACCGAUUCAUUGAUUUCGUUGCAAGGACCAAACAGUAUCAUCGGUCGUACCGUUGUCGUACAUGCUGAUGUUGAUGAUUUGGGCUUGGGUGGCCAUGAAUUGAGCAAAACUACAGGAAAUGCCGGUGGACGAAUUGGUUGUGGUGUUAUUGGAUUUUGCAGCGCAUAAAUAUUUUUGAUUAUUCUUUUUUUUGGGAAGCGCGCAUACAUUCGGAAAUACAUAUAUCACUUUUAUGGUUUAUAUGGCUAUUUAAUUAAAUAAAUAUUCAUAAAAUGAAUAAAAAAAAAUAA